AUGAAUGAGACAAAAGCGAGACAGUAUGCACAUUUGGCGCAGCAAUUGAAAACUUUGCAAGCGAACCUCGCGCGGACUGGAGCACAGAUGGAAACUAUGUCUCACCAGUGCAAUGAGCAUUUGGUGGGCCAGUUGGGCAAAGUUCACGCCUCGUGGUUCAUAGGUGGAAACAGGUGUUUCGAAGAGGAGAUGCUGGGAAAAAAAUAG